CACAGAAGAACUGGGACGAGUUAGCGCGGCUGUGUCUGGUCCACAGUUACGGUCUUUAGUUUUGGUGGCCUUUGGCUGCCGAUAAGUGCUGGAUGUGACAGAGAACUUGUUGACUUUACUAUCGCGAGGCUCCGAAAUGGCGCGCCCGCUACUGGAGUUUGAGACAGAGAUGUUUCUCAGUCUCUUCGGCUGUGACGGUUUGCUGGUGGUGGCUGAGGGAAUGGGAAUAGACCGCAUCCUGCUGCAGUUUAUGCGGGUUUACUCGGAGCAGGGCAGCCUGGUCCUUCUGCUCAACACAACUGCACCUGAACAGGAGUAUUUCACAGAGCAGUUGCGUGUGGAGGGUGUGACCCACCUUCCCAGAACUGUGACCAGCGAUGUCCAGAGCACUGAGCGCUAUAAUGUUUACACUGAGGGAGGGGUGCUGUUUGUCACCAGCAGGAUCCUGGUGGUGGACUUCCUCACUGACCGCAUCCCUGCUCAUCUCAUAUCAGGUAUCCUGGUGUAUCGCGCCCAUAAAAUCAUCGAGUCGUGCCAGGAGGCCUUCAUCCUGCGUUUGUUCAGACAGAAGAACAAGACAGGCUUCAUUAAGGCUUUCACUGACAAGGCCACAGCUUUCUCCUCAGGAUUCUGCCAAGUGGAGCGCGUGAUGAGAAACCUUUUUGUCAAGAAGCUUUACCUGUGGCCCAGGUUUCAAGCAUCAGUGAACACAGCACUGGACAGGCACAAGCCAGACGUUGUGGAGCUUCAUGUGUCGUUGACGCCAGCUAUGAGGGCCAUCCAGAGCUCCAUCCUGGACAUCAUGAGCGCCUGCCUGAAGGAGCUGAAGCGCUACAACCCCACCCUAGAGGCUGAGGACCUGUCACUGGAAAACACGCUAGGAAAUGCUUUUGAAAAGACUAUCCGCCACUACUUGGACCCCCUGUGGCAUCAGUUGGGAGCAAAGACAAAGGCCCUGGUUCAGGACCUCAAGGUGCUGAGGGUCCUCCUGCUCUACCUCACCCAGUACGACUGUGUCACCUUCCUCAAUCUGCUUGAGUCACUGCGUUCCAGCCAGAAGAACUUUGGCUCCAAUUCAGGUUGGCUGUUCUUGGACUCCAGUACCUCCAUGUUUAUGAAUGCCAGGAGCAGAGUGUACCGCAUUCCUGAAAGCAAAAAGAAACUCAAAGUGGGAGCAGAAGCAGAGAAACAGAAGAUAUCCUCUGCUUCAGAGGUGAAGCGGGAGCUGGUGCUGGAGAAGAGCCCGAAGUGGGAGGCACUGACCGAGGUGCUGGAGGAGAUUGAGAAGGAGAACAAGAGCACUCAACAUGAACCAGGCCGCGUGUUGAUUUGUGCCAGCGACGACCGGACAUGUGCCCAGCUGCAGCAGUACAUCCGGCACGGCUCCGACCGGCUGCUCAACCGGCUGUACGCCCGCACGAUCGGCAAACGGGACGCUUCGGCUGCUGCCGCCUUUGAGCUGGACUCGAACAAAAAGGGAAAAGACUGGGUCAAGAGAGGAGCCAAGGGAAAGGAACCCGCUCAGAAAAAAAAGGCCGCAAAGGGCAAAAGCCGGCCAUCGCUCACCCUGACGCAGAUGGUGGGGAAAGAGGAGACGGGUGAAGCGGCCGUGACGGGCAGCGGAGACGAGGACGAGCUGGCGGAGGACGACGACGGAGAAGAGGAACAGCUCAGUUUAGAUUUGUCAUCAGAUGACUAUUAUGGAGUCCUGAAGGAGCCGCUGACCGUCAUCCACCCGCUUAAAGGCUGCACUGACCCCCACAGCCUGACCAGGGUGCUGCACGAGGUGGAGCCCAGCUUUGUGGUGCUGUAUGAUGCCGAGCUGAGUUUUGUCCGCCAGCUCGAGAUCUACAAAGCUAACCGGCCUGGAAAGGCGCUCAGGGUGUAUUUCCUCAUCUAUGGAGGCUCCACCGAAGAACAGAAGUACCUCACUGGACUGUCUAAAGAAAAGAAAGCGUUUGAACAUCUCAUCAGGGAAAAGGCUACUAUGGUCAUCCCAGAGGAGAGGGAGGGGCGAGAGGACACCAACCUCGACCUCGCUAGAAAUUUAGAACCUGCAAAUGCCACCACCAACAGCCGCAAAGCAGGAGGUCAAGAUCAGCCCAAAGAGCCCUCGCGAGUCAUCGUGGACAUGCGUGAGUUCCGCAGUGAGUUGCCUUCCUUGCUCCACCGCCGCGGGCUGGACAUCGAGCCCGUCACCCUCGAAGUCGGCGACUACAUCCUGACCCCGGAAACGUGCGUCGAGCGCAAGAGCGUCAGCGACCUGAUCGGCUCGUUGCAGAGCGGCCGCCUCUACACGCAGUGCCUCUCCAUGACCCGCUACUACAGGAAACCGGUGCUGCUCAUCGAGUUUGACCCAGCCAAACCGUUUUCCUUAACGGCCCGGUCAGAUUUCCGUCACGAGAUUUCCUCAAACGACGUCUCCUCGAAGCUCACCUUGCUCACGUUGCACUUCCCGCGGCUUCGUAUACUGUGGUGCCCCUCCCCGCACGCCACGGCCGAGCUCUUCCUGGAGCUGAAGCAGGGCCGGCUCGAGCCCGAUGCUGCAGCAGCUCAGGCGGUCACGGCUGAGUCGGACACAGUGGCUGAAUCUGCAGACCUCUACAACCCAGGACCCUAUGACUUCCUGUUGAAAAUGCCCGGGGUCAAUACGAAAAACUACAGGGCUCUUAUAAAAAACGCAGACAGCAUCGCAGACCUCGUCAAACUGAGUCAGGACAAGCUCGCAGAAAUACUCGGGAAUAGUAACAAUGCCAAGGUGCUGUACGAGUUUCUGCACAACGUUGCUGAUGUUCCAGCUCCUGUACAGAAAACCAAACCGACAUGAUGGACGGUAAAGCAGGACUUCUGACGCACCUAUGCAGAUGUAUUUUCAGUGCCAACAGGAAACGAGAUGUAGACUGAUCUGGCACCUUGUUUUUGUACAGAAUGAGAGAAGGGAAAUGAGUGUGAUAUUUAUGUGUAGAAUGAACUAAAACAAUGAAGGUAUUUAUGUUGUGUGUAAUAUUUCAAGCUUGUAUUGUUUGUUUUAAAUAAUAUUUUUAUAUUUUGGAUUUUUUUUAAAUGAACAGUGUCAAAUAAAGCGUCCCCGGACAAAUGUUUGUAAAGCA